CGCGCAGGCGGAGUGCGUGCUGCCCCCUGUCUCCGGGGGUCCAUCGCCAUGCCUCACACCGUGGCGCUCCUCACCAAGCGCUCGGACGCGCAGCGCGUCGGGAGCGCGCUCGGGCUGGCCGCGGGAGUGCGCCCAGCGUGGGCCACCGCAGCGCUGUCCAGCGUUCUCAUCUUCACCACCGUGGUGGACAUCGUGGGCAACGUGCUGGUCAUCCUGUCCGUGCUCAGAAACCGCAAGCUUAGGAACGCGGGAAAUGUCUUUGUGGUGAGCCUGGCCUUCGCCGACCUGCUGGUGGCUCUGUACCCCUUUCCAUUGGUCCUUCACGCCCUCCUUCACGGCGGCUGGGAACCGGGUGGCAUGCAAUGCAAGGUCAGUGGCUUCCUCACUGGCCUCAGUGUCAUCGGCUCCAUCUUCAACAUCACCGGCAUCGCCGUCAACCGCUACUGUUAUAUCUGCCAUGGCUUGGCCUACGGGCGCGUCUGCAGUCUGCGCAACACCCUGCUAUUGGCAGCACUGGCUUGGGCGCUGGCCGCCCUUGCUGUGGCGCCCAACCUACUGGUGGGCUCGUUGCGCUAUGACCCGCGCGUCUGCUCCUGCACCUUCACCCAAACGACCAGUAGCUCAUACACAGCUGCCGUAGUGGUGGUGCACUUCCUGGUGCCUAUUGCUGUGGUGACCUUCUGCUACCUGCGCAUCUGGGUCUUGGUGGUCCGCGUGCGCCGGAAGGUCAAAGUAGAAUCGCGCCCCCGGCUCAAGCCAAGCGACUUGCGCAACUUCAUCACCAUGUUCGUGGUCUUUGUGCUCUUCGCCAUAUGCUGGGCGCCUCUCAACUUCAUUGGCCUGGCGGUGGCCAUUGACCCGCUCGCCGUGGCCCCUCGCAUCCCGGACUGGCUUUUUGUCGUCAGCUACUUUAUGGCGUACUUCAACAGCUGCCUCAAUGCCAUCAUCUACGGGCUGCUCAACCGCAACUUCCGUAGGGAGUACAAGCGGAUCGUCCUGGCCGUGUGGGCACCCUGGCUCUUUGUGGCUGAUACGUCCAGGGUGGCCACAGAUGGGCCGCGCAGCAAGCCCUCGCCAGGCCUCAACAACAACGAGUGAGCCUGAACAUGGGGGACACCGUGCAGUGUUAUUCCUCCCCAGAUUCUCCAAGCUGGUCAGCUUGAGGGGGUCUGAGUCCAGCAUGAGAGAAGAAAACUGUGAAAGAUGAGUGAAGGAUGGUCUGGAAAGGCAUGUGAUGACUGUAUGUGAAUCACAGCUUUAGACCGGCAGCUCUACAUUAUGGGGAAUUCCAUCUUAUUUGAGUGCAAGGACCAACAUUUUAUAUGUGUUUAAUUGUAUUGUAUCUAUGCUGUUACGAUUUUUUAUGCUCUACAUUGUUCUCAUGAUGUCUGCUUUCAGUGAAUUUGUCUUGAGAGCUUCAUGAUUUUGGUUUGACUUACCCAGAUUGUUUUUUGGUGAUAAGUUUAAGAAUUUUUUUGUGUUUUGUAAAUUCAUAUCGUGUAAGUGGAGCCCAGUCUCCAUCAACUUACUGACGAUGCUCACUGCCAAAGGUUCAGCGGUGUAUGUGGACUGUUUACCAGGUAAACACUACUGCCAUGGACACUGGUCAUGACACUGAUGCCUUUGAUUUGAUUUUGGAGACAAUCUGUGUCAGACGUGGUGAGA